AUGGUUGGAAUGAAAUUGUCACCGGCGACGAUAACGUUCAUAUUUUUGUUGGGUGCAUCAUCGGUGAGCCAUGCAGAACCCGGUGACGGCACCCCAGGCACACCCGUUAACCCCGCGGCGAUGGAGCUCCUCUCCCAGGCGCUCUUCAGCCGCUCCUAUUUCGGCCCCGAAAUUUCCAAAGUACUCGGCUUUUGCAUUAGCGAUAUAGAUGCUGAAUGGAAUGCAGCAUUUAAUUUCUCCAAAAAUACAGACUUCUUGGCCGGAUGUCUCAGAACCAACAAAGAUGCUAUGCAACGGUUGUGCACAGCUGCAGAAGCAAAGUUUUAUGGUGCUAGUCUGUUACAAAAUGCCGCCGGUGGGAGUGCACAGACUAAAAACUUCCUGAAGCCUAACAAGAACUGUAACUUGUCCUCAUGGCCAUCAGGUUGCGAGUCAGGAUGGGCAUGUAGUGCUGGGCAAGACAAGAAAGUUGAUCUUAAAGAAGACAAGGAAAUGCCCCAAAGAGAUCUGGAUUGUCGGCCUUGCUGCGAAGGCUUCUUCUGUCCUCGUGGUCUUACCUGCAUGAUACCCUGCCCCUUGGGAUCUUACUGUCCUCCAGCAAAACUCAACAGUAGCACAGGCGUCUGCGACCCGUACCGGUAUCAACUACCUCCAGGGCAACCGAACCAUACCUGUGGGGGAGCCGAUAUAUGGUCUGACUUUACAAGUGGCCCCGAGUUAUUUUGUUCAGCGGGAUCAUACUGUCCCUCAACCACCCAAAAACUUGCCUGCACUAAAGGACAUUACUGCAGAGCUGGUUCCACAGCUCAAACAAGUUGCUACCAGUUGGCAACUUGUGAGCCACAAACUGCAAAUCAGAACAUUACAGCCUAUGGCAUCAUGUUCUUUGCUGGUAUCACUUUAGUACUUGUGAUUAUAUACAACUGUUCUGGACAAGUUCUAAGUACUAGAGAAAAAAGACAAGCAAAAUCCAGAGAAGCUGCCGCAAGAAGUGCUAGAGAAACAUUUCAGGCACGCGAAAAAUGGAAAGCUGCAAAAGAAGUUGCAAAAAAGGGUGCAAGUGAACUUCAGUCACAACUAUCACGGACAUUCUCACGCAAAAAAUCUGUGGCUCCUGACCAUCCAAGGGGAUCAGGCCAACCUAAACCUGGAUCAGAUGCUGCAUUGCCACCUGCGCCUCCUGCUCCACCUGACUCAAAAGGGAAGAAGAACAAGGAAAACAACCUCACAAAAAUGAUGCGUGAUAUUGAAGAGAAUCCAGAUAAUGAUGACGGAUUCGAUAUUCAGAUUGGAGACAAAAAUUUGAAAAAGCACGCAGCAAAGGCCAAGCAAUUGCAUACACGGAGCCAAAUAUUCAAGUAUGCAUACGGUCAAAUUGAAAAGGAGAAGGCACUGCAAGAGCAGAAUAGCAAUUUAACUUUUUCUGGUGUAAUAUCAAUGGCCACAGAUUUGGAAUUUGUAAGCAGACGACCUAUUGAGGUUUUUUUCCAAGAUUUGACUCUUACCUUAAGAGGUAAAAACAAGCAUCUGCUAAGGUGUGUAACGGGAAAACUAUUUCCUGGCCAUGUUUCUGCUGUCAUGGGUCCAUCAGGUGCUGGGAAGACAACAUUUCUUUCUGCCUUGACAGGAAAAGCUACUGGAUGCACCAUCACUGGUUCAAUUCUCAUUAAUGGGAACAAUGAACCGAUGCAAUCAUACAAAAAAAUUAUUGGAUAUGUUCCUCAAGAUGAUAUAGUGCAUGGGAACUUGACAGUGGAGGAGAAUCUCUGGUUCAGUGCUAGAUGCAGACUCCCUGCUGAGCUCGACAAACCAGAGAAAGUCCUAGUUGUUGAAAGAGUAAUUGAGUCCUUAGGAUUGCAGGCUGUUAGAGACUCCUUAGUAGGAACAGUUGAGCAGCGAGGAAUAUCUGGAGGUCAGAGGAAACGAGUAAAUGUUGGGCUGGAAAUGGUUAUGGAACCUUCCCUUUUGAUCUUAGAUGAGCCUACAUCUGGCUUGGACAGUUCUUCUUCUCUGCUACUACUUAGAGCCCUUCGUCGUGAAGCCCUUGAAGGAGUAAAUAUAUGCAUGGUGGUUCACCAACCAAGUUACACCUUAUUCAAGAUGUUUGAUGAUUUGAUACUUCUAGCUAAGGGUGGCCUUACGGUAUAUCAUGGAUCAGUUAAGAAAGUUGAAGAGUACUUUGCAGGCAUCGGGAUCAACGUCCCUGAAAGAGUGAAUCCUCCAGAUUACUUUAUUGACAUCUUGGAAGGAAUUGUUAAACCACCCGCAGGCGCAGCUGUUAAAUUUAAUGAGCUUCCUCUCAGAUGGAUGCUCCAUAAUGGGUAUGCUGUACCGCCAGACAUGCUAGAUUCUGCGGGGAUGGCAUCACCUGCGCCUGGAGGUUCAACCCCCGGAGCAAGUCCAGCUGCUAAAGCUGUUGAAGAAAUAUCUUUUGCUGGCGAUCUGUGGCAGGAUGUCAAGUUUGCUGUUGGACAGAAGGCAGACCAAAUAUUGCAUAAUUUCACGAAGUCUGCAGACUUGUCGGAACGACAAACUCCUAGCAUCUUGCAGCAGUACAAGUAUUUCUUGGGAAGAGUCGGAAAGCAGCGACUAAGAGAAGCAAGAACACAAGCUGUGGAUUAUUUGAUAUUGCUACUUGCAGGAAUCUGCUUAGGAACACUCGCCAAAGUGAGCGAUGAAACUUUUGGUUCAACCGGAUAUCUAUACACAGUCAUUGCAGUUUCUCUACUCUGUAAGAUUGCUGCAUUGAGGUCAUUUUCUUUGGACAAGUUGCACUACUGGAGAGAGAGCGCUUCUGGCAUGAGCAGCUUGGCAUACUUCCUAGCAAAGGACACAAUCGAUCACUUCAACACAAUCGUGAAGCCUGCUGUUUAUCUAUCAAUGUUCUAUUUCUUCAACAAUCCCAGGUCUACCAUUUUGGACAACUACUUGGUCUUGCUCUGCCUAGUAUAUUGUGUUACUGGCAUAGCUUAUAUUCUUGCCAUCUACUUUCAACCUGCUCCAGCCCAACUGUGGUCGGUGCUGCUCCCUGUCGUUUUGACUCUUGUUGCCAACCAAGAGGGCGAUUCAUUUAUCAACAAAGUCGCAGAUUUUUGCUACACUAAGUGGGCUUUGGAAGCUUUUCUGUUAACAAACGCGGAAAGGUACUCUGGAGUAUGGCUUAUUCAAAGAUGUGGUGCACUAAAACAAAGAGGCUAUGAUCAAAAACACUACUAUCCCUGUCUAGCAUACCUCAUAGCCACAGGCAUUGUCAGUCGUGCGUUUGCUUUUUUCUGUCUAGUCACAUUCCAGAAAAAAUGAGUGAAGGGAAUGAACGACUACGCAUCUGGAAAUGGAGGGAGAUUGCAAGAACCAAGAGUUGGGAAUCCUCAGACGAAUGUUGUUGUUGGGUAGACAAAGGUUUUGCACUGAAUGUUUGUUCUGAUGUUUCAUCGGUGAAUUCUUAUUGUGUAAAUCAACGCAAGGCAAUGAAACUAGAAAACAUGAGAAAAGUUGUUGAAUCAUCUUAUCUGAUCAGCAAAAUACACCAUGAUCUAUUUAUCAUUACACAUGUGAAAUGAGCAGUUCUAAAACGCAGACAACACAUAUUAGAGGCCAAGGGGACCUUUUGAAAACGAGGCUGAGAGAUUUGAGAUCUGCAGGGGUGAUUCGAUUCUGGAUCAUACCAAGAACAGGCUUCUGCUCCUACCUUCGACAGGAUGGAAUUGGAAUCCCUUACUUGCAGUUAAUUUUAAAGUAGUCAUGCAUGCAACCAUGACAUGUAACG